AAGAAAAGGGAAGAAGCAUCAGCAGCAGCAGAGGGAAAGAGCCAGCAAUAAUGGAUAAGAGAUCAGGAAUUGCUCUUCUUGUACUUCUUGUUGCAGUGUCCUGCCUUGCCAGUCCGUCUUCGGCUCGCGCCUUCACCAGUCUUGAUUUUCUCGCUCGAGUGAUCAACGGAGAGAGAGUUACACUAACAGCCUGCAGCGAAUGCGUGUGUCCGCUGCAAACAAGUUCAUCUGAUGAUGAGUACAAAUGCUACUGUGCGGAUACUUACUCCGACUGCCCGGGCUUUUGCAAGAAAUGCAAGGCCGAGUUCGGAAAGUACAUAUGCCUCGACUUGAUCUCGCCCAACGAUUGCGUAAAACCGGUCUCCUCCUUGGAGGCGAAGCAAAAUAUGAUCAAGGAAGAGAGAGUUACACUAACAGCUUGUAGCGAAUGCGUGUGUCCACUACGAACAAGUUCAUCUGAUGAAGAGUACAAAUGCUACUGCACGGAUACUUACUCCGACUGCCCGGGCUUUUGCAAGAAAUGCAAGGCCGAGUUCGGAAAGUACAUAUGCCUCGACUUGAUCUCGCCCAACGAUUGCGUAAAACCGGUCUCCUCCUUGGAGGCGAAGCAAAAUAUGAUCAAGGAAGAGAGAGUUACACUAACAGCUUGUAGCGAAUGCGUGUGUCCGCUGCGAACAAGUUCAUCUGAUGAAGAGUACAAAUGCUACUGCACGGAUACUUACUCCGACUGCCCGGGCUUUUGCAAGACAUGCAAGGCCGAGUUCGGAAAGUACAUAUGCCUCGACUUGAUCUCGCCCAACGAUUGCGUAAAACCGGUCUCCUCCUGGGAGGCGAGGCAAAAGAUCAAGUUGCUGCAGGGUCGUGAAUGAGUGAAUAAGUGAGCAAGAGAUCGAAGUGCGUGUGAUGCAUAGUUAUAUAAGUAGCAAGUUAUGGGAUAUCGUAACUUGCUAAUGUAUUUGCAGCUUAAAUAAAUGGAUCUUGUGUGAUCCAUGCAUGAAUCUAUGUGCCUAUCUAUCUAUAAACUAUGCUUCCUUAUGUUCAUAAUGUGAAGUAGAAGAUGUACUAGAAUGGAUGUUUCGUAGUAUAAAAUUUGUGAUCGGUAUCCGUAUAAAUUAAUAUGUUCCUCUAA